UUGGAUCCACAUAAACACAUUCGCAGAUGUCUCUCCAUGCGUUCUGACAGCCUGCCUCCGCCACAGCCAUCUCACUAAUCACAGAGCGAGAAAAAAGGACACAGAGGGCAAGCAUCACCCUGUCGUGCCUGCUUCUCGCCUACAUCCUUCCUUCAUUAGUCUUUAGUCGUGAGAGGCGUGGAGAGAAAGAGAGCGCGUGUAUGCCAGAAGAGGACAGCAGGAAGAUACGCCGGCAGCUUACGUCCUCGAGCAUCAGAUUAUUGAAUCCUGCUUGCCUCAACGCUGGACUCUGACCAUUCACAGCAGGAGAGAAAUAAGGUACAUGAUUAGAAUGCAGUCUUCAGUUUGAAAGGAAACAAAGGAAGGGAAGAAAAACAAGCUGCAAGAGAGGAGAUGGUUUGAAUGAAUGAAGCAGUAUGUGAAAGGAGUAGAGCUUGCUUGAACAAGCCGCAUGCUCUGAAGGACGUGACUGGACACGUGUUUAUAUCCCAGCGGUUCCAAGGGACGGCUCUUCAAUCUCUCCCUCUCUUUCAUCCCCUCUCAUCUCCCUCUGUAAAGAUGUUUAAGGAUUAAGCUUUGGGAUUACCGAGUGUGUGUGUGUGAACAGCAUCUGCAGGAGGAGGAAAACGCUGUUGAUCUGAUGCCCCGGUGCGAGAUCUCUAACAAGCAGCUUUUGCAGCUGCAUGCCCAACACACAUCUGUCCACCACUUAUAACCACAGGUAAUGACCAGGAACAGAAUCAACCCUGGAGAUGCCGAAGAGAAGAGACAUUCUUGCCAUCGUGUUAAUCGUGUUACCUUGGACUUUGCUCAUCACCGUGUGGCACCAAAGCGCAAUCGCACCCCUGCUCGCUAUCAGAAAGGCUUGUCACCAUCUAGUUAAAGAGAUCUUUAUCAUACCCGAGCGGCUUAUGGUCCAACGGCACCGCCUGUCAGAUGAUGGAGCUGGCGAUGGCAGACGUGACACCGGAAGCCAAACGAGCGACUCAAAGGAGUUCUGCUCCUCUGAUAAAGACAUAGUGGAGGUCGUGCGCACCGAGUAUGUGUACACUCGGCCGCCUCCGUGGUCUGAUGCCCUGCCUACCAUCCACGUCAUCACGCCAACCUACAGUCGCCCAGUGCAAAAGGCCGAGCUCACUCGGCUCGCCAACACCUUCCUGCAUGUCCCCAACCUGCACUGGAUUCUGGUGGAGGACGCACAGAGGAGGACACCUCUGGUCACCCGUCUACUGAGGGAGACGGGCCUCAACUACACGCAUCUAAAUGUCGAGACGCCUCGCAACUACAAGCUACGAGGGGAUGUAAGGGAUCCCAGAAUCCCACGGGGAACCAUGCAGAGGAACCUGGCUCUCCGGUGGCUACGGGAGACCUUCAGCCCCAACAGCACUCAGUCAGGCAUCGUCUACUUUGCUGAUGAUGAUAACACCUACAGUCUGGAGCUAUUUGAAGAGAUGCGCUCUACACGUAAGGUGUCCGUUUGGCCCGUAGCGCUUGCUGGUGGUUUGCGCUACGAGUCCCCCAAGGUCAACGCCGCAGGCAAAGUGUACGGAUGGAAAACAGUCUUUGAUCCUCACCGGCCUUUUGCUAUUGACAUGGCGGGAUUUGCCAUCAACUUGCGGCUCAUCCUGUUCAAAUCACAAGCGUAUUUCAAACUGAGGGGGGUCAAGGGGGGCUACCAGGAGAGCAGCCUGCUCCGAGAGCUUGUUACUCUCAACGACCUGGAACCGAAAGCUGCUAAUUGCACUAAGAUUCUCGUGUGGCACACAAGGACGGAAAAGCCUGUCCUGGUAAACGAAGGGAAAAAAGGCUUCACAGAUCCAAACAUGGAAAUCUGACAACACUGGCACUUGGAUAAUUCGAGGCCCCGCAGGAACGAAGAGGCAGCAUCUCGGAAACCUUACCCUCAUGUGAUUUCCCGUUCCUGCAAACUACAGCGAAAAAUUAACUGACUACCACAAUUGUAUCUUUCAAAGCACAGAUUGGUUCAACAAGGCAAUAUCUCUUGGUAUUUUGUAUGUUAAGCUGUUUAUGAUUGUAAAAAGAAAAAAAAGAAGAAAAAAAAAGACAGGAAGCGAAACAGCGGAACAUUGACGCAUCUGGUCUCAACACACACACACACACACAAAACCAGAAGUGAUGCGAGGUCCCUGACUCUUCCCAGCACAGAAGUCUAUUAACAACAACAAAAGAAAAAAACACUGGAUAGGUGCGUACCCGCUGAACGAGGGAGGACGAAUCAUCUCAGUCUAGUUGAUCUUUAAGUACAUAAACUCAGACAGAACUCUUUUCAGAGAUUAACACCUACAUAUUGUUCAAAGGGAAUGUGUUCCUAUUGUUUUGUUUUGUU